UUGUGAAAAACUUUCACCGUCUUUUUUGAAGUGCCGGGCCGACCAUUCCCGCUUUAUCGAGAAACUUCUGGGACCCAUAAUAAAUUUCCAUUUCGUUAUUCAACACCCCCAGAUGUUCUUCUUCUUUCUCUACACUCUCCAUUUUAAUUCUCUCUUUUUCUUUUGUCUCUCUCUAUUUUCCACAAACAAACCCCAAAACACAAACCAAUUUUUUUUUUUCUUCAAUAAAAUGGCAGAUGAAAGUGUUUUAGCAGUAUACAAUCACACAACAAUUACAGAUUCAAAGAAGAAAAACCCAUUUGCAAAAAACUUGGGCAGAGCUCAGAUCAUCAGAGGUGGAGCCAUUAUUGAAGUUGUCAACUCAAAACAAGCUAAACUUGCUGAAGAAGCUGGUGCUUGUGCUAUCACAAUCUCUGAAUCUCAUAAUGGUGGGGGUGUUCUGAGAAUGGUUGAUCCUUCACUGAUUAAAGAGAUUAAACGAUCAGUUAACAUCCCUGUGAUAGCCAAAUCAAGAAUCGGUCAUUUUGUUGAAGCACAGAUUCUUGAGUCAAUUGGUGUUGAUUAUAUUGAUGAGAAUGAGAUAUUAACACCAGCUGAUGAUCAGAACUUCAUUAACAAGAGAAAUUUCAGAGUCCCAUUUCUCUGUGGUUGUCAAGGAUUAGGUGAAGCAUUGAGAAGGAUUAGAGAAGGGGCUUCAUUGAUUAGAACACAAGGGGAUGUGAUUGGGAAUGGGGAUAUUGUUGAUUUAGUUAGAAAUGUUAGGUCAAUCAUGGGUGAAAUUAGGGUUUUGAAUAAUAUGGAUGAUGAUGAAGUUUUUGCAUUUGCUAAGAAAAUUUCAGCACCUUAUGAUCUUGUGAUUCAGACUAAACAGCUUGGUAGAUUGCCUGUUGUGCAUUUUGCUUCCGGUGGGAUUGUUACGCCGGCGGAUGCUGCUUUGAUGAUGCAAUUAGGUUGUGAUGGGGUUUUUAUUGGGUCUGAGGUGUUUAUGAAUUCUGAUCCUUAUAAUAGUGUGAGAUCUAUUGUUAGAGCUGUUAUGCAUUAUAAUGAUCCUCAUGUUUUAGCGGAAUGUUGCUGCGGUUUGAAUGAAUCGAUGGCCGGGCUUAAUCUUAAUGUUCAGGAGGAUAAUACGGUGGUCGAGGAGCAGGAGGAAGAGAAUUCUGAAGCUAGAGUCAUCAUUGAUCCUCAGGUCAGCUGAAAGAUGAGUUUUUGAUGUUUUUAGAUUGCAUUUAUGUUAUCUAUUUUCUUCAGAAUCUUAAAACUAGAUUGCUGUGGUAUAAUGUGUAUGCCUGUAUGGUCUUGUGUUUGUUGUCUUUGUGUUUGAGAGUUUUGAUCUUAUAGAGCCUAAUGUAUUGAUAAACACAAUUGUUACUUAUGUUUACCUGUUUUGAUGUUAGUUCGAAUGGAAGAGUUUAUGUGAUUUCAGAACUGGAUAAAGUAUGAGCAUAAUGUCUAUAGAUGCUUUCUUAUUACGGAUCAAUUGAAUCGCAGCA